AUGCAGACAUUUAAGGCAAAGACUUUGGUAACCGUGCAUCUAAAUAUUUCAAUGCAGGUUUCUCCUCGAUUUGAUAAUCAACGAUAUCAAUUUGUAAUUUCUGAAAAUGUUUCGCCGCAAGCAAUUGGGACUGUACAGGUAUAUGGUUGUCUUCUACACAAUACAACAUUAUGUGGCACUUCAAAUGUUACUGUAUCUGUCAUUGACGAAAAUGAUAACGCCCCAAAAUUUGAUAAAUUAUUAUAUACGGUCGAUUUGUCUCUUGACGCUGCUGUAGGAACAGAAGUUGCAUAUCUGAAAGCAAGCGAUGCUGAUUCAGGCAACAAUGCAGAUAUAACUUACGCAUUAAUAACACCAUCUGGUUUUUUUGCGAUUAAUUAUGAAAAUGGAAUUAUCACUACCGUAAGUAAAUUCACAGAAGAAAGUGAAUACCAUCUUGUUGUUGAAGCGAUUGAUCACGGAUCUCCUCCGCAAAAAGGCACUACCACUAUUUUUAUUGUCGUUCAUGGCAGCAAUCCAUCGGCACCAGAAUUCGAUCAAUUCAACUAUGAAAUUACUCGAUUUACCCCUGUGCCAGCUGGGUCUGUGUUGGUCACACUACAUGCGAACGAUCCAGACCCAGGACCGGAAGGCCAGAUUACUUAUCGGUUUGCUGAUACAGAUGAUCCGCAGGCUUUGAACCAGCUUGAAAAAUUCAGUAUUAAUCCAACGACUGGUCAACUGUCGACAAAAAUUCGUUUGGCAGCAGAAAAAAGCUCAUCGAUACAAUUCCUCGUUGAAGCUAUCGACCAAUCACCGAUAUUCCCACGAAGAGCACAAACCGUCGUAAAAAUCAACAUAAUAUCGAAUAAUACACAAUUAAUCUCAUUCUUACCACUACCUAAAAGGAUUUUUAUCUCAAUGUCCAAGCCUCCAGGAUCGCUUAUUUUAAGGGCUUCAACAACUCGGAUGACCAUUCCAGUUGAAUUUUCUGCAAAAGAAUUAGGCGGAAAAGAUUUUUUCAAAAUGGUUGGCAGUGAACUUCGAGUGAAAUCAAAGCUUCUUGAAGGCAAUUAUACCAUAAAAAUAAGUGCAGACGCUGGCAACGCCCAUGCUGAGCAUGUUUUAGAGGUAGUGGUGAUGGCCGAUCGCGACAAAUAUCCAGUUUUUCCACAACUUACGUAUGAUAUUGAGGUACCAAAAAAUGCGGAAUUCCCAAUACUAAUUACCAUGUUCGAAGCUGUCCUUCAACAUGGUAGCAUUAUUUAUAGUAUUUUUCCAACAAAUCCACCUGGAUUAAAGCUUGAAAAUAAUACUGGUAAAUUAUAUGUAUAUGAAGAGUUUGUUAAUGCUCAUCGUGACAAACCAACUCUUUUUAUUGUUAUUAGAGCUCAAAAUUUAGAUUAUCGACAGUAUUAUUCCGAUGUUGGAGUAUCAAUAAGCAUAUCAGAUGGAUUUGCCUUUCCGAUAAAGCUUUAUAGACUUCAUCUACGUGAAAACAUGCCUGCAGGCACAAUCUUAAAUGGAACAUUAAGUGUUAAUAAUCAUGUAGCUUAUGGAAAAAUCAAAUAUACUCUAAAACCACAAAAUUUUUUUUCAAUCGAUGACAAUGGUGUUGUGAAAUCGUUGGUCGUGAUUGAUGCUGAAACUUUUCUUCCCAAUGGAAUUAUUGAAUUAAUUUAUUCUACUUUCUGUUUGCUAAGCGAAUUAGAAGUUGGGUUUUGUUUCUCAUGGUUUUCUAUAAGAAACAUUGUGCUCAACGCUGAAAAUGAACAACAAGAUAAAGCAACUGCUAAAGUUCAAAUAAAAAUUGAUGAUGUGAAUGAAUUUUCACCUGAAUUCGAUCAAGAUAGUUAUGAAUUUAAUGUUACUGAAAAUAUUGAAGCUGGUGGAUUUAUCGGUAAGGUAAAGGCAAAUGAUAAAGAUUAUUCGGAUGCGAAUCAUCUUCGUUUUAGCAUCGAGGGUAUUAUUAUUAUCAUCGAGGAAAAUGGAUCAAUUUAUAAAUCAAGCAUUGGCCAAUUUGACAGAGAAUUGAAUAGCGAAUAUCGUAUUGUUGUCGUCGUAAAUGACACGGGUGGAAAAAGCACGAGAGCAAAAGUUAGGAUUCUCAUCAUCGAUGUCAAUGAUAAUGCACCCAAAAUACAAAGAAUGUUUAUAUGGAAUGUUACUGAAGGACCAGAAAGUGUUGGUUCAACAUUUAUAUUAAACGCAGAAGAUCCCGAUACUGGUGCUAAUGGAAUUGUAGAAUUUAACAUUAUACAAGGCAAUGAAGCUAAAUUAUUUGAGCUACUAUCCUUGCCAAACAAUGAAGCUCAAAUUAGCAUUGUUGCUGAACUAGAUCGAGAAUUACAGCCAAGAUAUUUUUUGACGAUUGAAGUUAAAGAUCAUGGUUUACCGCCACUGGUUACAGUAACCACUCUUUUAAUCAAUGUCGUUGAUAUUGAUGACAAUUCUCCAGUGCCACUGAACAUUCCAGCAGGCUUUCCAAUAUUGAGUAUUACCGCUGAAGAUAAGGAUAUAAAUUCUAAAAUAAUCUAUCGCAUCAAAAAUGAUAACACGAUAUUUUCUAUCGACAAAUCAUCAGGGACAAUAUCAGUUAUUAAACCAAUUUCAGAAAGAAAUUCAGGGUCAUAUACGAUACAAAUCGAAGCUUCAGACGGCAUUCACGCUUCAUCUGCAACGGCUGAAAUUAACUUAUAUGAUGUUGAUAGCAAUUUUUCGUCGGUUACACCAUUACUUAAUCACCCACCUAUAUUCAAGUCGAAUUCGUAUGAAUUUUCUGUGAAUGAAGGAAAAGAUGGAAGGAUUGGGAAAAUUGCCUAUAGUGAUCCGGAUAACGAUCUGGUCACGCUUACUAUUGAACCAAAAUCAUAUAGAAGCCUUUUUGCAAUCGAUCAAACGGAAUCAACUUUGAUCGCUUUAAAGCCACUAAAAUAUUCAGCAGAUCGGCAACAAUAUGCGUUUCUAGUAGUUGCAACUGACAGCGGUACUCCUAUCUUAACAUCGUUUGCUAACGUCAUUGUUUUUGUCAAAGAUAUCAAUGAUCAUAUUCCUGAAUUUGAUCGCGCUGAAUAUACCGCAAUAAUUCCUGAUUCAAUAUUGCCACCAUUCAAAAUACCUUUGGGAGUGAAAGCAAAAGAUGCUGAUAGCGGUUUAAAUGCUAAGAUUCAUUAUUCGAUUGAUGGGCCUGAUGCUGGCUGUUUUCAUAUCGAUGCAUUAGACGCUUCUCUAACAUUCAUUUGUGAGGCCGAUUAUAACAUGAAGAAUCAUUAUUUACUCAAGAUAAUAGCAACAGAUCGAAAUGGAGUUGGUCGUUCUAAUGAUGUAAAUCUAACAGUGUUUCUGACCUCGUCAAUUCAUUCUAUGACAUCAGUACGAAAGCAGUCUACAACAACUCUUGAAUCGGAAAAUGAUUGUUCUAUGCGCUUUCUGCAAGUUGAAGAAAAAUUUUCUCUAUUAUCUAAUAUUAUUCAAGAAGGAAUUCUAUAUACAGUUCCAGUGGAAUGUAGUUGUGACAUAUGCAAUAUUAAGUAUAGCUUUGUUAAUCGCGAAUUUUCGCAAUUUUUCGAUAUUAACACGAAAGGAGAUUUGGUAUCAAAAAGAAAAAUCACCUUUGAUGAUCUAAAAAAUAAAGGAUUGAUUGAUGAUUCUGACCAAAUUGUUGCUGAAAUUAGAGCAGAAUUAAAUGGAAAAAUGGAAAAAUUGCGGCUUAUUUUAACAUUCCAAAAAAAUUCUCCAGAAACUACCGAAAAUAUUAGCAGCGGUAAAGAUUUACAGUUGUCAGUUUAUCUUGAAAUUAUCCUCUUAGAUUCUCCAAUAAGCAAUCCACUGACUGGAGAUAAUCGAAUGCCAAGUUUUCCACAUGAAGAAUAUAUAUCACUAAUGCCAGAAGGUCGCUAUGAGAGUGGAGCAGUUCUUUCUAUGAAACCGCCAGAUAUUCAAGCUUUCGAUCCAGAUCAACUAAAAGGCUACGCGGGAUUGUUAAGCUAUAGUAUCGAAGCAGAACAACCAAAUUUACCAUUUUUUGUAAAAAAUUCCAGUGGAGAAAUUAUAAUUUUUGGAAAUAUUGAUCGAGAGGAACAAAAUGAAUAUAAAUUUAAAAUUUUGGUAACGCCAUGGAUGGAAAAUAUUCAGGCAACCGAUCAUGGUAAUCCACCAUUGUCUGGAAGUGCACUGAUACGUGUGAAAAUUUUGGAUGUUAACGACAAUUAUCCUACAUUCAUUGAUCCUCCAUUUGUAAUUCCAUUGGCUGAAAAUUCUCCACCAAAUGUGAUUAUUGCAACAGUUCAUGCUGAAGAUGCAGACGAAGGGAAAUAUGGAGACAUUCAUUAUUCACUUUUCAAUCAUACCGAUGAUUUUGUAAUCGACGAAAGAAUUAAGUUUUAUCUUAUGCUUGUUAUUGAGGAAGGCAAGUGGAAGCAAAUUUCAGAUGGUUCAAUAAUAACAAAACGAGCUUUUUCUGCCAGCAAUCCAAGUGUUUAUUAUAUAACUGUUAUUGCUAGCGAUAGUGGUCGGCCUUCACUGAAAAAACAUCAUAGUUUGAGAAUCGAAAUAUUCAACAAUUCCGAUAUUCCGCAAUUUAAAAGCGAUGUUUAUACUGUUACAGUAAUGAAAGUUGCAUUAAAAAAAAAGGUUGCUCAAGUUAUAGCUGGCCUUUCUCCUAUGAAUUAUUCUUUAUCAGAUUCUCUCUCUGGAUUGUUCGAAAUUUCUAAUGAUGGAAUAAUCAGUUUUGGCCGAUUACCUACAAAAUCGGAGAAAAAUCGCUUUCAUUUUUUAAAUGUUACUGCACAAAAUGAUAGAAAUGACCAAUCAACUACAGUGGUGAAUAUUUUUAUCGACGAUAAACAAGACGACAAUCAUGUCCAGCCUUCAAUCGACAUUACAUCAGAAACAUCAUUAUUUAAUUUGCACUGUAAAUUUGAUUCUAAAUUAUACAGUGCAGAAAUAAAUGAAAAUCAGCCUGGUCGUCAUAAACUUAUUAAAGUUACUUCGAAUUGCGAGCGUGAAAAGCAACCUUAUAAAUAUGAAAUUUUUCAAGGAAUAGAUCAGUUUGAAAUUGAACCGAAUACUGGUGAGCUGUAUGUUAAUGGUCCACUUGAUCGUGAAGUGAAAAGCUUACAUUUUGUGCGUAGUCACGAUAGUGUUGCAUCAAAUGCGAAAUCGAAGUUAGAUGCAUGGCAAAGUUUGGUUGCUGUUCAUGUUAUUGACGAAAAUGAUAAUCAGCCAACAUUUUUGAAGCGUAAUUCUGAAGAUAUUUACGUUUUUACAGUUGAUUGGCAAGCUAGUGCAGAAGAUCUGGACGAGAAAGCGUCAUUGAAAUAUUGGAUUUCACCUGAUGCCGAUGUUGACCACUUCUCUGUAAAUCAAACGAAUGGGAUAUUAACUUUAAUUAAAUCUUUGGCUAAUGACAACCAUGAUGUUUUUAAAUUCAAUAUUGUCGUUAGCGAUGGUCUUUACAACGUAACCAGCCCAGUAAAAAUUUAUAAAUUAUCGCCUGAUACGAACCUAAUUUUAUUGUCAGCUGAUAUUCCACAAGAAAAUAUUGACGAUUGGAAACUGGAACAUUCUAUGAGCGAAAUAACUGGCAAUGAUAUUCGAAUAUUGGUUAAGCAAGUCUAUACAGAUGAAAACGGGCAUGCGGACCCAAAAAAGAUCAUGACGAAACAUCGCCAAAGUUUUGUUGAAUAUCUUCCUCAACUGAUGAUCAGCCUUCCAUCUAUUUCAUCAUCUGGGCGUUUGUCACUAACCGAAAUUAUUCUUCUCAUUAUUUGCGCAAGUCUUCUAUUAUUAGCAUGCUUUAUGUUUGCAUAUAUUAUGCAAUACUGCAACAAAGAAAAGAAAUGUGGUAGCAUCGAUAGUGAUUAUAUGUUUGAUAGUCAAUCGGCUGGACCACGGCCAUAUGAUGUUAGUCUAUUCGAUAGAAAAACUGCUCAGAGCAUUUUAUCAUCUCGACCUCUACCGGAUCCAUAUGAGGCUAAUGGGAAAUAUGAAAUGCGACUAAAAGCAGGAAAAACAGGUGAUCAUGGUAAUAAAAAUUUUUUAGCUCGUCAAAACUUAUACUUCCGAUCUUCACCGCCACUAAACAGUACUUUAACUAGUACAGAUAUAGGCUAUAUCUUAUCAACUGGCUGGUGUUUUAGGCCGAUAAUUGAUGCUUAUGGAACAAUAGGACCAAGAUCUAAAAAUUUUUCUGGCGAUGUAAUGCAUGUGCACGAGAUCGUAAAUAAUCAUCCAGAUAAGGGCGAAAAAGUCAAUGUAAAUAGUGUUGAAUCAAAUGAACCAUUGUUUCCGAUUUAUCGCGCUAACGGUAAUUUCAGUGAUAAUUAUAUUUUAAUUAUGCUGCAUAUUCGUCCCGUAAAUAAUUAG